CGGCCGGGAGGAGAGCGACGCGGGGCUGGGGGGGCGGGGGGCACGCGACAGCCAUGGACAAUCAGUGCACUGUACAGGUGAAGCUGGAGCUGGGACACCGAGCCCAACUGCGGAAGAAACCCACCACUGAGGGCUUUACUCAUGACUGGAUGGUGUUUGUCCGAGGUCCAGAGCAAUGCGACAUCCAGCACUUUGUGGAGAGGGUGGUCUUCCGUCUGCAUGAGAGCUUCCCUAAACCCAAGCGUGUGUGCAAGGAACCCCCUUACAAAGUGGAGGAAUCUGGCUACGCUGGCUUCAUUAUGCCUAUUGAGGUCUACUUCAAAAAUAAGGAGGAACCAAAGAAGGUUUGCUUCACCUACGACCUGUUCCUGAAUCUGGAGGGAAACCCGCCUGUGAAUCACCUUCGUUGUGAGAAACUGACAUUCAACAACCCCACCAAGGAUUUCCGACGCAAGCUCCUUAAGGCAGGAGGGGUGAUGGUAAUGCCAGAAGGAGCAGAAACCGUAUCCAGGCCAAGUCCUGACUACCCUAUGUUACCCACAAUACCACUCUCUGCCUUCUCUGACCCCAAGAAGACCAAGCCAUCCCAUGGCUCAAAGGACAGCAACAAAGAAAGCAGCAAAGUGUCCAAGCCCCACAAAUUCACCAAGGAACACCGGGAGCGACCUAGGAAAGACUCGGAAAGCAAGGGCUCCUCCAAGGACCUUGAGCGAGAACCAAACAAACCCUCCAAGGACUCUUCCAGGAAACCAGCGGAGAGCAAGCCGCCCAAGGAGGAGAAGGCUCCUCCUAAAGCAGCUUUCAAGGAACCCAAACUGGCUGUGAGAGAGACUAAACUGGAAAGCAUGUCUCCCAAAGGCGGGCCCCAACCCGAGCCCAAGUCUACCAGUAAAAGGCCCUCCAAUGUGGAAUCGCCAAAGCCGAGCGCCAAAAAGCCAAAAAAGAGCAGCUCCAAAGGGGUGAGGAAUCUGCAGGGGGCCUCUCCCCGCACUUCAUCUUCCUCCCACACCGAGAAGAAGCCGGCCAAGGAGAAAGGGAACGCCAAGGCGGAGAAGGUGAAAUCUGAAAGCGAGGCUAAGGAGGUGAAGAAGCCUGUGGAGAUGGAGGAGUCCAAUUCUGAGGAUGAGGCUUCCUUCAAGUCAGAGGGGGUGAAGUCUGUCCAGUCCAGUCCUUCCAACUCCAGCUCCAGCUCAGACUCCAGUUCGGAUUCGGAUUUUGAGCCAUCUCAGAACCACAGUCAAGGGCCCCUGCGUUCCAUGGUGGAGGACCUGCAGUCAGAAGAAUCUGACGACGACGACUCUUCUUCUGGGGAGGAGGCAGCCGUCAAAAGCAAUCCCACGAGGGAUUCCAGAUUGAGUUUCAGUGACAGUGACAGCGACAACAGUGCAGACUCUUGCCUGCCCAGUCGAGAAGCCCCUCCCGCUCAGAAGUUGCCCCCAGCUAACAACAAGCCUUCUGCUGGCUCUAAGCAAACUGUUUUUCAAACCCUCCAGGCAUCUGGCAGAAAGAGUCCAGAACCCUGCAGCAAACCAGAAAAGAUCCUGAAAAAGGGAACCUAUGACAAGGCCUACACUGACGAGCUGGUGGAGCUUCACAGGCGGUUGAUGGCACUCCGGGAGCGCAACGUGCUGCAGCAGAUUGUGAAUCUCAUCGAGGAAACCGGCCAUUUUAACGUCACCAACACCACCUUUGACUUUGAUCUUUUCUCUCUGGAUGAGACAACCGUCCGCAAACUGCAGAGUUAUUUGGAAGCCGUGGCCACAUGACAGCCGGCCCCGGAUGCGGGCUGCCUUUGAACCCAGAAAACCCGAAAUCCAGUCUCCCAGUCCCAGGAACCAAGCCCCCCGAACUUGGCCUUUUCCUUCCUUUCUCGAUGUGUCCGUCCGGCCCCCCUCCCCCCUUCCUCCC